AUGCUUUCAGACCAAGAGAAACUUAUGGAAAAUAUGGCUAAUUUGGAGGAGAAUGUGCGGGAUGUCCUUUUCGACAGAGGACUGCAUGCUGGAUCAAGCGCGCCGGCAGAUCGUGACCUUGCUCUGAGAGCGAGAACAGACCAACUGGCCGAGGAGUGGGAUGACCUUCGCAAAAUGGCCCAACUCCGACUGGAUGAUUUAAAACGCCAAAAGCUGAUCCAGACCUUCUUCGCAGAGGCCGCAGCUUUGGAGGUCCUGAUUUCACAACAAGACUCAUUCCUUCUGAAGCAGGAUAUCCCUGUAAGUUUCACUGUAAUUAAAUAG